AAAUAUAAGGGACCAUUUUGUCAUUUUGUCUUCUUCUUCUUCACUGCAAAACCCUGUAACCCUUCUAUUUUUGUUUUUUUCAAAAUCUCCAAUUCCAUGGAAAUUCUCCAUUUUCGUUUCUGAAAGUUGUAAAUUCGAUUUCUCGUUAGCAAUUAACUUGAUCUGCAUCGAAUUUGGGAUUUUGAAAUUUAUAGCAUAAUACGGAGACUAAAUCUGCAUUUUGAUUACUUAUUAUGGAGGAACAAUCAUUCUUUACCAAAUUCAUUGUCAACCUUCGUUCCUCUUGCAAGUAUUACACAGGCUAUCCUAAAGAUCUUGGGCCAUCGAAGGUUAUUCACUUUACCUCGGAAAGGGAAUUUGUCCAACUUCUUCAUCAAGGCUACCCGGUAGUCGUUGCAUUUACAAUCAAGAGUAACUACAGCAAACAUCUUGACAAAGUUUUUGAGGAGUCUGCAGCCGAGUUUUAUCCACAUGUCAAAUUUUUACGUGUCGAAUGCCCAAAGUACCCAGGGUUUUGCAUAACAAGACAAAAGACGGAAUAUCCAUUUGUAGAGAUAUUUCAUAGUCCAGAACAGGCAGCUGCUCAGGGAAGGGUUGCUGAUCCUAAUGUUACCAAAUACUCUGUCAAAGUUUUACCUUUCAACUAUGAUCUAAGUGCUUAUGGAUUUCGUGAGUUCUUCAAACGACAUGGAAUCCGAUCAUCAGAUUCAAAUUAAAAGUCAAGGAGUAUCAAACAUGCAUAUUGAGUAAAAUGCUGUUCCUGAACGAUCAUCGAUGAGCACAAGCAGAAAUGAAUGGCUCGGAUGGUUUAUGUUUAUCGACGAACACAGUGAAGAAACUGGCUCUUGUGCAUAUAUAGCUUUAAUAAUAGGCACCAGCAAAAACAGGUUUGGUUGGAGCACAUAACUUUCUGGUCAGCAAAUGAGAAAACUGUUCUAAAUUUUUUAAACCAUGCCAAAAUGAGCCUUAAUUAUAUAGUGUUACUAUCUGUAUCCUAAAUUAUUGCACACUUUUAUAUUUUAUAAACUGUCAAAACCUUCUAAACAACCAAGCUUCAAUCAAGUAGUUUGGGUCGACUAUAUGAAUUCUCGAUGUAUAUUAAGUCCAGUUUGUAAUGUUCGUUUUGGGAAAAGCGUCUUCUUUUGUAUUGAAUAAUGUGAGACACGAUUUCUUUUGUUCAUUA